UGGCGAUCGUAUCGUUCGUGAGUUGCUGUCAAUUUUAAAUCCACUAAAAUCUUAGAACAUAAAUGGCGUAAAAGGUGAAUCCGGUAUUUAUUGUAAAUUGUAAAUAGUUUCUUGUAUAGUUAGUGAUAAUAUUUUGUGUUGUGAGAUCAAUUUUAGUGUAAAAAUUGCGGAAGAUACCAGUGUUUGUGUACAGUGAAAAACUUACAAAGCCGACGCCGCCGUAGAGAACUUUAAAUUAUUCGAACAAUACUAUAAGUUGAUGUAUAAGUGUUCAACCAACCCUCAAAAGUGAAUCCAAUGAAGUGGUUGGGAGGAGGCGAAGCGGAUGGCAUUAUAAAGGCUGAAAUGGACCGUGGACCUCACCGUUCACAAGAUGAUGCUGCUGUAGGUUAUGUUUUUCAAAGACCACCUGAUCCUGAAUUUCCUCCUUUUGGUCCAAAGCAGCUUCGCUGGGCUCAUGGAGAUGAAAGCAUUAUUGAGAGUCAUGACAAAUGGAAAUUUCCAUCGGCUACUUCGUCCAAUGCUUUAGGUCCUAAAGUUCCCACCCCUCCAGGAGUUGCGUCUGGGUUACUUCCUUACGGUUCACAGGGUACCACUCUUCCUUCAUCCCUUUAUGAUCUCGGCCAAAGCAAACCGCCAAUGCCACAACUCACACACGAACAGUUGAUUUAUAUGCCUUCCAGUCAAUUGCCCCAUCAUGGUGGAAGUUUAUCUGUGCAUCAUCACUAUUUCCAGCAGCAGUCCUUGGCAGCUGUGGCUGCCCAACAGUCAAUGUCAUUAAGGCAACCGCAGCAACAUCAGACGCAGAUUGCCCCAUCAGCCAAGAAACUAUGGGGCAUCGAAGCGAAGGACGCGAAGUCGCUCGCCUUGAACCAUUUGAAUCAUGAAGGCGUCUGGCGGGAUCCUACGUGGGCGGCACCCGGUGAACAUGCAGUUUCGGCCCCGCUGGCAAUGGGUAGGAGGGGUGGCGGUUUCGCGGGCGCGGGUGGUGACACGGGCGGCAUAUUGUCGCCCCGAGGUUCGGACGGACCUGGUGGUUUGGGGGUCAAAAUGGUGGAGUACGUUUUGGGUAGCUCCCCGACUCUCAAAGUCGGAGGCAGCGGCACCGAUGGACUGGAACCGCGAAUGCGCGCGCUACAUUUGAACGACGACAAAGAUACGAAAGACCAAAGCGGGAAGCCUCAGCAAAGCCCCAAAGACGUUUCCGACGGGGUGGUCGGUGUAAACGGACAACCGCAGUUGCAACAAGUCAAUGGGCAAGAAGACGACAAGGGAUUCAAUCGCACGCCAGGUAGUAGACAACCUUCACCUGCAGAAGAUGAACUAACUAAAAACGGAAUUGGACUUGACGCAGCUUCCAUGGCUUUGGUACUGAAGCAACCACCACCUGAUGGCGGCGGCGGCCCGUUGCCGCCACACCACCAUUUGCAUCAUUUGCCUCCCCAUCAUCUCGCUCCACAUUUGGGUGUCACUUUGGCGGAAAGUGUAAAUCAACAUUUCGCCGAUCAUUUUGCGGAAACACAACAGGCGGGCGCACAGGGUUAUGAUCAACAGCAACACCAGCAGUAUGCAGCUGCUGCUCAACAACCUCACCAAGUAGACAGUGCCGUAUUGCAGCAGCAACAACAUAAUUUUGAUGUACAGCAACUUUUCCGAUCUCAGCAAACGCAAGCGGCCACUCCCGGUGCGGCCGCGCAGCUUCAGCUUCUGCAGCAACAGCAGCAGCAACAGUAUCUCGCCGCGGCGCAACAACAACAGGCUGCUGCAGCCGCAUUUACCCAGCCUGGGCCUUACGUUCUCAAUGCGCAGCAAGCCGAACCAUAUUUGAUAACUGCCGGCGUGCCUGCCCAGUAUUAUGGCGUGGGGCCGUGGGUGUACCCGGCUCCGCCUGCUAAUUUGGCAGCUUUACAGCAAGGGGCUAGUAACGGAGCGAGACGCCCUCUCACCCCCAACGGAACCAAUGAAGCGCAGCAACAAGUGCAACCGGGAGUGCCAGCCGGCGGAUACAUCGUCCCCGCCGCCGCUUAUUACGACCAGAGCGCGACGCCAAUUCUCAUGGCGCAGGGGGCAGCCGCGGCCGCCGCAAUGCGUAACGGCACCCCGAUGCGUCUCGUUAGCCCCGCGCCAGUGCUCGUACAACCGCCUCCGCAGGCGGCGCAAGGGCGCGGGCAAACGGCGGCAGCCGCUGCCGCGGCCGCGUCGCUUUACGGCGCAGCCGGUGCAGCUGCCGCCGCGCAGGGUCUGUACGGCACCGCGGCAGGCGUUUCGACCUCCGUUAACGGGACGACCCUCGGAGGUGUGGCACAGGGCGUGGGCUCGGGUCUCUUCCCGACGCUGCACGCGGCGCCCCCUUCCGCGCCCUUCGGCAGCUCUUCGUUGGGCAACAUCGGCUCCUCUGCUACCACUACAUCGUUGCACACAGGCUUGGGAUUAAAUACAACAACAACGGGGCGCAGAGACUCUUUUGAUAGAAACACUUCAGCGUUUUCUCCGUCUUUAGACUACAGGCAGAAAUGGACGACGUCGUACAAUAUCGGCAACAGCCCUAGCCCGCUAGCCGGCAGUCUAACACCUCCCCCAGCACCGUUGCAGUUAGGCGGACUUGUCAAUUCGCGGGUUCUUUCGGCGGCUCCAGGAGCGGAAGCUAAAUAUCGCAAUUCCGUAGCUGCCGGGCUUAAUGCCACGACAAUGUUCGGUUCGACAAGUUCCCUGUUCACCAAAAUCAACUCUUCUCUGACCACAGUGCCCAGUGCUCUAGACAAGACGCCCCAGGGCAGAUCACGAUUAUUGGAAGAUUUCAGAAACAAUAGAUAUCCGAAUCUGCAGUUACGGGAUCUUGCAAAUCACAUUGUAGAAUUUUCUCAAGAUCAACACGGCUCGAGAUUCAUUCAACAGAAGCUGGAAAGAGCGACUGCAGCGGAAAAGCAAAUGGUGUUUAAUGAAAUUUUGUCUGCCGCGUACAACUUGAUGACUGACGUUUUUGGCAACUAUGUUAUACAGAAAUUUUUCGAAUUCGGGACCCCCGAACAAAAAACUACCCUGGCUCAAAAGGUUAGAGGUCACGUUUUGCCCUUGGCGCUUCAGAUGUAUGGUUGCCGAGUGAUUCAGAAAGCGCUCGAGUCCAUUCCUCCAGAACAGCAACAAGAAAUUGUCCGAGAACUGGACGGGCAUGUUCUAAAAUGCGUAAAAGAUCAAAAUGGCAAUCACGUAGUGCAGAAAUGCAUAGAGUGUGUGGAUCCCAAUGCUCUGCAGUUUAUUAUUCAAUCGUUCUCUGGACAAGUAUACACACUCUCCACACAUCCUUAUGGAUGCCGUGUCAUUCAGCGCAUCCUUGAACACUGCACUCCAGAACAAACCUCCCCGAUUUUGGCAGAGCUUCACCAACACACAGAUCAGUUGAUUCAAGAUCAAUUUGGCAACUACGUAAUUCAACACGUUCUCGAGCACGGAAAACCGGAAGAUAAAUCGCAGCUCAUCAAUAAUGUUAGAGGCAAAGUGCUGGUUCUCAGUCAACACAAAUUUGCGAGUAACGUCGUUGAAAAAUGUGUAACACACGCCACCAGAGCAGAGAGGGCUCUGCUGAUUGAAGAAGUGUGCGGUUUUAAUGAUAACGCGUUGCACGUGAUGAUGAAAGAUCAGUACGCCAACUAUGUGGUCCAGAAGAUGAUUGAUGUUAGUGAACCCACUCAACGUAAGGUUCUCAUGCACAAGAUUCGUCCACAUCUGAACUCCUUACGCAAGUACACCUACGGCAAGCACAUCAUUGCCAAACUUGAGAAGUAUUUUAUGAAGGCACCGGGCUCCAUUGGCUCCAUCGGAGGGGAGUUAGGCCCUAUCGGGCCUCCAACCAACGGAGUUCUCUAAAUUACAGCUUUGGCAAGGGCCGAGCGCAGUUUAUUUCGGUCAGUGCGAAUUUUAUUUUUAGUGAUACAAAACUUUAAUAUUACGUAUUUAGUAGAUAUUUGAGAGAUCUGAUCUAAGGAAGAGCUUAGUUAUAGGGGCAAUAUUGAAUGGAAAACUUAUUUGUUGAAGAUCUCUCAUAAUAUUCAGUUUUAAGUUUUUUUUUCUCUUUAAGGUCCACCCGCACUGACCUCCAUAUGCGCAUUUCCAGUAUUUUUUUUAAUUUUGAGUUUUUUUUUUCGGUUUGAUUUUUUUAAUUUCUAUGAUGGUUCACUAUAAUUUUUAAGAGUAAUUAACAGUUAGGUUAGAAAUUGUCGUGUACACAUAAAAUGCGUUUUCUGUAUUAUAGCUGUAAUUUAUGUCAUUUUUCUGCCAUUAAGUGGUACAUCCCAUCACUUUUUUUUAUUUAGAUUGGAUCACAGAUAUAGAAAAAAACUGAAUUUGGUUGACAUAGAUUUCAAAGUUUGAAAAAGAAAUUUUUAUUGGGAAUUUUAUAGAUAACUUUCAGAAGAUACUUUUUAAUUGCAACAUACUUGGUUAGAUAGGCACUUACUUUAGAGUGCUUUUUUUAAAUAAGUUAAAGAAUUUUAGUUUAAUUUUUGGCAUAAAGCUUUUCAGCUGGAUUUGUAUCGCGUCGAAUCUCAAAACAGAAGAAAAAUUAAAAAUUACAUCUUUUAGAGGAGCAACCUUAUAAUUAUAGUUUACUCGUAAAAAACUUGUACAUAUAAACGUUUUUUAACCUAGUACUACUCUCUACAAAUUAUUAAUGUUCAAAAAAAUUUAAGUGUCCCCCUUUUUUAUCUUUCCGCACACACCCUUGCACUCUUUUCGUGUCGGUACCUAUUUAAAAUUGUGAUAAAAAACCUCAGGAAAAGUAAUAGGAUUAUUUUGACCAUCAUCCAAAAAGAAGACAAACCAGAUUUCGGGAAAAAAAACGACAACAAAUAACCAAAAUUGGCAGUUCAAGAUUUGCCCAUUUUUUUGUUUAAGAGUGCUGACAUUUUUCGUAAUCGCUUUUUGUGGAGUUUUAUUUAUCCUUAUCCCACAGAAUUUCAGGAGCAGUUGUGCAGGAGGCACCCUACCCGCCCAAUUUUUGUUAACAAUAUUUUUCGCGUACGGACGACUAGAUAUUUGUAUUUGGUCUUUGCGCGGCACCCGCACAUACACACACAGACAUACAUAAAGGUCGCAUUUAUUGUAGUUUAGCUUAUUUAGCUUAAAAAAUAGAGGUUAUUUAGAGAAAGGUUAUAAUGGGAGAGGUCGAGUUCUGUUAAUUUUUAACGAAUACUUCACAUGCGCUUGCGAAUUUUUUAGUCGGAUAGGAAAAUUUUAUAAUAUAUAUGCGGCCAAUUUCUAAUGUAAUUCACAUUUAUUUACCAUUUAAAAAAAAAGUAAUAAUUUUAUUUAGAAGAAAACUGAACAAAUUACAUUUUGUUUCGUAUUAGUGCAAAAUGUCUUUAGUUUUCGGACAAAGGUAACCUAGAACCUGUUGCUUUUUUACAUGUGCGAUUUGUUUUAAAAAAUAUUGCUUUUAAAACUCCUACAGCUUUAGACGUUUUGCUGAAGACUUGGAAAGAGUCUGGAAACUUAUUAUUGUUUAAAAUAAAAUUCAAUGUUUUAUUCACAAGAGUUAAGGAAUUUAAGAAGUUUUGACCUUCCGCUAGUUCGGUUACCUUGUCAGUCUUGAAGCUUCAGUCAAAUAUUCUAGAAAGAAAAAUUGACUUGAAAAUAUUAGAAAUUGCGUCGGUUGUUACGAAAAGGCUGAAAUUUUAUAUUAGAUAUAAUUUAUUUGUAAAAUAGAAUUCCCCUUGUAAAUUGUUCAUUUUUUGUAUUAAUUUUAAGCGGUAAUUGUGUAAAACUGAAGUUUAGUUCGCCGCCAUUUGUAAAAUAUCCAUUUUUUAAAAAUAGAUGCGAAGACCCACGUGUUUUCUUUCCGACUGUAUGAAAAAAUUGUAAAAUAAGAGAAUUGAACAUUGAUGUAAAUAUUAAUUUUAAAAAAAGAAGAGAUAUGACCGAAAAUAUUAUUUGUAAAGAAAUCUGUAUAAUUUGUAACAUUAUUAUAAUUUUCUUUGUAAAUAGUGAAGUAUUUUUUUGGAAUUAAGAGAAUUCAAAAGGACGGAUGAGGGGUGAAAGAUCUUGGUUGGGAAAAUUGUCUCGUGUUAUAUAUAAAAAAUUGAUGAAAAUUUUCUUGUAAUAACCCUAGAUGAAUUUAAUCAAGUUAACUAACGUUAUUAUUGACGUAGAAGAAUUUUAAUGUAAUUGUAGAAUUUGAUGGCACGAUUAUUAAACAAAAAAAGUAUUGAAUUUAUAUAAUAUUGUGUAAAGUGUUAAUUGUAAUAAUUGUACAGGUUUCCUUUCUCAUGGAAUUCCAUUUAUUAUAUAUAUAUAUAUUAUGCCGGUUUAUAUUUAAUUAAUUAUUGCAUUUAAGGUAAUAUUUAUACUUUUUUUUGCAUUAUGACCAGUCCUUUAUAAUUUCACCUUUUCAUAUAAAUAUUUAAAUAAAAACAUUUAGUUUUUAGUUAGUCACACUGUCAAUUCAUAUUCACCUACUUACCCGAGCAUUACGUAAAAGUUCAGUUAAUUUUUGCCCUUUUUACUUUGACCAACUUUUUACAAAAGCUCUCCCUCCAUAUAGAUUUUGAUGUUGGCAGGCAGAGGCCAGUAUUCCCAAUUUAAAUUUAAUUGAUGAAGUGGUGAAGGAAUGUGGUAAUUAAUGGAUAUUCUACAGCUAACCAGCGGGAUUCGCGAUUUGCCGUAAAGUUACAGAUACAGGGUCAAAAGAAAAAGAGCGAAAAAAAAUUGACUCUGAACUUCUCAUUAGCCAGUCAUCUCCGAUAUGUGUACAUACUGUGGUACCGAUUUUUGUAUUAUAUGUAAUAUAGUUUUGUUAAAAUAACAAUUUUCAAACCAGCCACUUCAACUUUUGAGUAGGUAACUUAUGUGUACACUUGUUUGAGAAAGACUGCUUGGUGUUAUAUUUUUCCAAUUUUUUUUUGGAUUUUUUCUGGUACGCCGCUUCUGUCAGAGGAUUUGUCAGCAAACUUUGAUUUUUUCCUGUUAAGCAAAAUUACUAGAAGCUAGACUGAAGAAACUUGUCAAAUAGUUAUGAGCACAUUUGCACCUGAACAAACACUAAUGAAUCUGUUGAGCAAAGGUGAAGAGUUUCUUGGAAGCGGAAAAAUCGCGAAAAAAUGGUUUUCCUUUUAGAAUGCUGAAUUUAAAUGUGCAACUUUCUUUUAGUUGCCUAUGUGAAUCUUUUUUUUUUAAUCUAAAUGUUAGUACCUCGUGUGAUGGUAAGAUUUAAAUUUUCUUAAUUGCAUUGAUGGAAUGGAUAUUUCUUUUGCUUCGUAACCAGUUAAUUUUGGGAGCUUGAAAACCUGACUUCCCGCACAUGAAGACCAAGCAUUUUCAAUUUAUUUCAAUAAAGGGGACGUUUUUCAGUAUGCCAAAGCAAGAUAUUGGAAAAAUCUAUUACCACACGGUGACGCACUACCCCUUGUGUAUAUACAUUUUUCUUUCUAUAUUUAACAAAUCAACAAAAAAAACUCCCAAAAUUAUUGUAAUGUAUAGUAUAUCGUAGUUAAUUGCGUUACAUUUAAAUUGAUUUGUGGAACAUGGCGUAGUAAAAUGUUUUUGGUUACGGUACAUGCAAAAUUUGACCUGAAAUAGGUAAGUACAAAAUUUUUUCCACCGUGGUGGCAAAACUAUUUUUCUACGCCAAAGUUCCUUUCCGGAUAUAAAAUAAAGACGGAAACGAAAAUAGAGCGGCGGGGACACAAAUAAGGUACUUUUAACGAGGAAACCAAUUUUUAACUCUGAGAUGGCAGACUGAUGUAAAGUUACUAAACAAGUUGUAAAUUGUAAAUUCCGUUUCGGUUAUUAUUUCACGCAAACUGUAUAAUACAUGUGUAAAAAUAACCUGUAAAAUGAGCCGUUGAAAUAACAGCAACCACUGUAAUUAAAGAGAAAAAAUUGUAAACUAUGUAUUCUAAAUUGAAGCGGUCUUAUUGUUUCUUUUGAUUGGGGCGUAAUCCGUACGGAUCCGCCCCGCUUGUAGGGUAGCUGGAUGGGGAUCACUUAUUUUCACAACAAUAUGGCUCUCUGCGAAUCUACGGCUGUAUUUAUAUUUAUUAUGCGAUAUUUGUUCCAUGAAUGUACAUUUAGUUGUCGAAUGCAUGCUAGUUUCAUUAGGAUAUCAAUAUGUAUGAUAAUGUAUUUCCGAUUUUAUUAUUUUUUACCACGGUAGUAUAAUUAAUAAAAAUAAAACAAA